UGCAAUCUCGUGGCUCGACCUCGUUUAUGGGACUGCAGAUGAUGGGAGGACAUUUGAUGCUGGGGUGGGGCUAUGUGCGAUAUUCCGAUUGUGCGACGCUAGGAGCGCGGGCAUGUUGCGCAAGCACCGUUGGCCCUCCGACAAACAGCACGGCGGCAAGCAACGAGGAGGCUGACAGACGCAUCUUUGGGAAUGAGACUGGAGCAAGCUCAGCCAUUGCGCGGUCUUUUAUCUGGCUAUCAAGGGGAUACACAUCGACUGCAGUGCUAAGUAUCUACUGCCCAUGUAUCCUUACAUAGACAGGGUAAGGCACCAUGCGAUUCGGUCGUGCGAACAUGUAGGCGGGGACACGAUCUACUUCUUUGCGAAAAACGCCGACAGAUUUCCCUGUUUGGAAGGUCCUGAAGGCUUCAGCUUUGGUUUCGCGGCUGCGGGGGGUUUGCUUUCGGUCUUCUUGGCCGGAGCUUUCUCCUGCUCCGCUUUCGCCUUGUCGACCUUGGCCUUAGCUUUAGGUUUGGGUUUGGUUUCCUUCUUUACCUCUUCCGGUCCCUCUUCAUCUGCAGUC